GUCGCCCUUCGCCAUUGGCCGGGCCGUGGCGCUCUCAGAGCGGCGCGGGGAUUCGCUGCGGGGCGGCGGCCCUGCGGCGCGGGCAGCAUGGCGGGCGGCGGGAGCUGGCGGCCGCCGCGGCCGUGCGAGGACUACUGGUGGGAGUGGAAGCACUGCCGCGGGCUGCGCCACGCCUUCCACCACUACUACGCGCACGGGGAGCUGCCGGCCUGCGGCCGCUGGCGGGACGACUACGAGGCCUGCCGCGCCUGGGAGAGCGGCCGCGCCGCCGCCGCCCAGGAAGCUUUGUGCAACAGUGAAAGAGCUCGAGUUAUGGAAAAACAGAAACACGCUCCAGUAUGGAAGCUCAGGAAGAGCCCACCACCUGACUGGUAUCUUCCACUUGACAAAGACAAACCAAAUUAGAGAAAUUGUUUUGCUCUUUGCUCAGUCAUGUAAUACACAAUGCAAAAUUA